CUUUAGGUGCCGUGGUGUCGGUAUGGUAAUGACGAGCUAGGCGCUUCCACAGUCCUAUCAACCACUCAUCGUCGGUGACAGAGAUUUCUCUUAUUCUAACAAAAGCAACUUGAAUAAUAGUGUUGAUGGCCUGGUGUUGGUCUUGAUUCCACUUGGGUUGAGAUGAGUCAAUCAUUUGGUUUGAAAAAGGAUCUCGAAACUCAGCAGCGUUAAAGUCAUUUGUUGUUCACUUUCCCAACAUGUCGGAUAAUCAAGCCGUGGCAGAGACUGCUCAUAAGCAGGCAAUUAAAGCCGCUGGCUUCCUGGUUGGCGUUUCAGAAGAUAGAAACAAGCGAUGCCGAAGGACUAUGGAAGAUGCGCAUGCUUGCAUCCCUCAAUUUGGGGGCAUGGACCGACAAGGCUUCUUUGGGAUUUAUGACGGUCAUGCGGGUAAAGCUACGGCUGAAUGGUGCGGCCAUAAUCUCCACAAAACUUUCUUGUCUUCCUUGACAGACAAUCCCGAUGCACCAGUCUCCGAUGUACUCAACAUCGCUUUUCUGAGUGCUGAUCGACAACUGAAUGAAAAGGAAGGUCAACACAGUGGAUGUACAGCAGUGGUUGCCUACGUAGAGGCGAAAAAGAAAAGUUCAAAGCGUAUUCUUUACACAGCCAACGUCGGAGAUGCACGGGCCGUUUUGUGUCGUAACGGUCAAGCCGUUCGUCUUUCAUACGACCACAAGGGUAGCGAUGCCAACGAAGCAAAAAGAAUAAUAGAUUUAGGAGGAUUUAUGAUGAAUAAUCGCGUCAAUGGUGUUUUGGCUGUCACUCGUUCUUUAGGAGAUCAUACUAUGAAAGAAUUUGUGGUGGGUAAUCCUUAUACGACAGAAACUGAACUUACAGAAGAGGACUCUUUUAUUAUAUUGGCAUGUGACGGGUUGUGGGAUGUUUGCAACGAUAACGACGCUGUGGAUCUUAUAAAGGUGUCAUGGUAAUAAGACUGCAAGAUUAGAAUGUUAGCCGCUGGAUAUCGGCUUUCGGUUGCUGCCAACAAUGAUGAACCUUCCUUUCGAUACACGUUGUAUGGUGUUGGCAUUCCCUACUCAUUGUCUCUCUAUUUGGCUUUCUGAACUUUUUGGUGCUUUCAGUGUUGUUUUCUUGAUCGAAUUAUUUCUUUCUAUAAGGGUCUCCAAUGGGUAAAUUACUCACUUUUAAUGGACGUUGCACUUUUUUUCUUCCAAAGGAAACAAGAGCUUUUUCUUUACACUUAGUUCCUCCACUCUUCUCUAUACAGACAUUGUUUUUAUUUUCUUCUCCUUUCUAUACCAUAGUGUGUUGACAGAAACAGCCAAAACAAAAAAAUUUACAAAUGCUCUAUGCUAACGAGUCUCAAUCCACGUCCU